UAGAAAAAUAAGAAGUGGAGCAGUGCCCUGAUAUCAGCUGCUGUUGAUGCAAAUACCGCCUUUACAUCAUUACUUCUCUAAAGGAACCUCUGCGGAAACGUGCACUGACUGCCUUAAGAGUACAGGACUGUAGAUGCCAGGUCAUCCAGCAGAAUGAGUCGGAGGAAGAGGAGGAACAGUCGCAGGAGGCGGAGCUCCAGCAGCAGUAAACAAUGCAUCUCCCCAUAUAAUUUUCAAAGACACACUAUGGUGGACACUGUGGAAGCUGCAGAGAAGGGAGAAACUGACUCCUUCUGUAAAGAGCAUGAACUGUCAGUGUCUGAAGACGAGAAGGAGACUGAGACUCCAACCACGGAGAAAGAAAACAGACCUGGGAGUUGCGAAGAUUUCUUCCAGGACAAAAAGAAUAAAGACAGACAAAAGCCAAACUCAGAACCAGGUCCAGGGUUAAGAAUCACACAUUUUGUGACCAUCGAUAACUUUGGACUGUCUUCUCCCAGAGUUGUGUUCGAACGGUGCCAUGAAGCAACGGUUAGUAGUGUGAUAGCAGUCACAACCACUGAGAUCAAGUGCAUGAGCCCAAAUAUGAAGCUUGAGAUCAAUGAAGUCGUGACAUCAGAUGAUUCAAAUAUCAAGACAACCUUUAUCACUCAAAACCACAGAGACAAAAGAGAAGAGGCUCAUUUUAGAACUGAAAAACAUCAAACUCGAAAAAACACCUACGUCUAUUCAUGGAACCAACAAGGAGCAGAUUACAAACAAAACAUCAGUGAGAAUAUCAGCUACAAGAUUAGCAUUGCAGAGCUGAAUUCAGAGUCAUCACAUGCUUCCAAGAGUCAGAGCUCAUGGGACGAUCCCGAAGAAAUGGCUUGCCAUAAAAGCUGCUGUAAAAACAACUCCCGUUGGGGAAACACAGGUGGCCAGACGGACACAGAAUUCACACUGGUUGAUGGAUCCUCAUGUUGCUCAUCACCCUCUGAUUUCUGGCAACAUCAGAAACAGCACUCACUGCCCAGCAGUCUCAGUAAUGAGGCAUUAUGGGAUAUCCCUCCCCCUGAUGAAUUUGCUGAUAAGAAGGCUAGUGCACUGGAUUUCCUUGCAGAAAAUGUUGCAUCUUGUCAGAUCAGUCCCAGAGAAAGAUUCGCUGACAACCACAACACUAAAUGCACGCAGACAGCAUCUGAGGUUACCUUGUGCAAAGAGUUUACAUUCCAGAAUACACUGGACAACAGGGCAAAUGUGUCCAGGUGCGAGUCCUCGGGUCCUCAGGAACAUUUAUUCAUGAAUCCCAGAGCUUCAAUAAACAGAUCUUCUUUCACUAAAAACUUCAUCGACAAUCACGAAAGGAAGACGCGCUUGCGCAACAACAGCAUCGCCAUCCUAGAAAGCAAAACUCAUCCUGCAGGCUACAUGGACAUUCCUCCCAAAAGACGAAAGACGUACCCGGGAUUGACAUAUCAAAUGAGUCAAGCCAGAGAGAGCAUUCCCUCAUACAGAGAGUCGUUUUCCUCUGGCACACUGUCGUCGUUUUUUAUGCAGUCGCUUCCCUCUCAGGCAGAGAGGAUGGGCAGAUUUUAUGUAGAAGACGAAAGACUUCGUCCGCUUGGGAGCCGCAAAUCUUCCAGUAGCAGCAGCUAUAGACCAAGCUCAAGCUCCACAACAGGUCCCGACUCUUGUAUUCCCAAGUUUAAAGAUUACCGCUCAACGAAGAACCCCUUCUAUCCAUCCAGGUCUGAUGAGAGCCCAGAAGAAGUCUUCUUUAGAGGCGAACAAUAUCAUGGGCCAGCAGAGCUGGACGAGAUGGAGCAACCGAGUUCUGGUUUGAUGAUCGUUGAUGGUGCGGAUCAAGAUGGUGUGCCUGAGCUGAAUGAAGUCAAUGAAAGUGGCUUUGACGAGGAGAUGCUGGAGCUGGAUGAGUCCAUUUCUCCAGGUGACACCAUGGAGAGACAUCACAGGGAGCUUCUUAUUCAUGUCAUCCCACCGUCGCUGUGCAACUCUGAGGAACAAAUCGACGAAGGAUUAUCCAACGGUGUCAAGCAUAACACGUGUGACAGAGACGAAACCGAUGCUCCAAAGAAACGGAGAGGUUCGGUAAUGACAAUAAUCACUGGGGACUGUGAGCAGAGAUUUCUACAUUCAUUAGAGGUCAAAGAGCACCUCAGGCCUCCAACAGACUCCAUUCAUAAAGAUUCAGAGGAGCAUUCAGACCACUGGGCAAGGAGACGCAAGCUCUUCAAGGAGAGCAAACAGCGCAGUUCUGCAGGAGGAAGCUCUAUUACUAGCAAUAUCACAGAGGAAUCAGACACAAUGAACUCUGAGGACACUCGUUCGGUGGACAUGUCAAUGCGGGAUAUUGAGGACAGAGGAUUUUACACAGAAACCUUUCACUCAGUAUCAUGGAUGUACCAUGGAGAUGAAGUUAACCAGAAUGAAAGUGCACACUGUCUCAGCAGCUGUACUCGACCAGCAGCAAUUCGUGAGCGGACAGUGAAAAUCAGCAAAGGCAUGGGCGAGUAUCCCUGGGGCUUCAGGAUUCAGUUCUCCAAACCCAUCGUGGUUACUGAGGUGGACACAAAUGGAGCAGCGGAGGAGGCAGGCCUGCAGGUUGGAGACUAUGUGCUGGCGGUCAACGGCACCGAUGUCACGAUGGUGCCACACUCAGAAGCGGCUGACCUCGUACAGCAAGGCCCAGACAUUUUGACUCUGACCAUUGGCUCGGACAUCGGUCGAAUGCCGAACACUCCUCGACCGGCGUGCAGGGGUUACUUGCAUAAGAGAACUCAGUCCAGUUUGCUGAAGGGCUGGAGAAAGAGGUGGUUCGUGCUCAGACACGACUGCUGCCUCUGUUACUACAGAAACAAGCGCGAUGAAGGGAAGAGCCGAGCUCUGUCUGUGGUGAGUCUGGAAGGGGCGCUGGUGGAGGCCGACAGCAGUUUAGGAAAGCCGUUUGUGUUCAGAUGCUGCCCUGUGUCUGGGAACCGAGUUUACUACCUGUGUGCCACAUCAAACCAAGAGAUGAAGAGGUGGCUGGAGGCUAUGGGUAGAGCAGUUCAUCCUAUUACACAGAAUCACGUGUGGGUGGAUGUGACUCGACACAACUCAAACCUGCCCCCUCUGGCAGUCAAGAACCCAGAAUGCCUUGGGUUACUGCACCAGCUGGACAGGACCAAGGACUCACGGGUGCAGCACUACUGUGUGCUGAAAGACGGAUGCCUCUAUUUCUACGCCAGCAUUCGGUCAACCUGCGCUAUAGGAGGAAUCUACCUGCAUGGCUACACAGUGAGGGAUCAGCCAGUGGGAUCCAGAAGAUCUGCUAUUGAGCUCAGACCUCCGUCUGAAGAGUUUAAAGUGUUCUACCUCUGCGCAGAGAAUGCAAACGAGAACAAGCGAUGGAUUAGUGCAAUAAAAUCAUCUACAGCAAAAUGGCUGCCAUUGCAUCAGGCAAUUCAGGACUACAUGAGUCGCCCAUCCGAGGAAACAAGAAUGUGAACAAGACUGAUUACAGGACAGUCUGGCGUUUCUCAACAAGCACAACCGUGUUCAAUCCAUAGCAUGAGGAUCUCCUUAUUGUCUCUUAAAAUUAGAUCUGUGAAUAUCCAGACAUUGUGCACAAUAAGUUUAUUAGAAGACUUAAGGCUAGUUUAAUCAUGACAGGUUAGUAGGUUGGGUCUUGGUGGGCAUCACUUUGUUCUCAAAAGUGACCAGGUUGAUGAUGGUGAAAGCUCUUAUGCCUAAAUGGCUCAAAUGCAUAGCCUUACAGAUGCAUGACGCCAAAUUAGCAUCGAGUGCAAUAUCAGAAAGUGUAGCUGUACAGUGCUAAAACUUGUAAUCAGAUCUUUACUGUUUUGAUAAACGUCUAUGUUGAACUGAUCUUGAGAUUGGCUUUGAAGUGCAUUUGCUCAUUUACCAAAAACUAAAGGACAAAUUGAUAAUUGAGCGGUAUGAAUACAAAAUAGAACAAUUGAACAAAUUGAAACUACAAUGAUCAAAUCAUCUAGUGUAAAUAGUCACGAUGGAACCUAAAAUAUCUCCACGAAUAAUAUUCAAGUGCUUUUUUUUUUGACAAUGCAGCAGAAGCAAGUGCAUGAAGUUGUUAUGGCAACCUGUGCAGUGACGGCAGCUGGAAGCAUAGAAAUAGAAGUAGAAACCAUCAAACUCUUUUCUCUAAUUCUCUCAGUCUUUUGUUUUAAAUGAUGACUGUUUAAGGUCCACUUAACCGUUCAGAUGUUGCAUGUUUCUUUGCAUUCAGAGGACAGGUUAAGAAAGAAGGAUGGAAUGCAUUUCUGUAAACCUGUUUGUGAAUUCUUACGAUGUUUUCCAUUUUCAGCAUUUGCUAAUUAUGUAAAGACACUGCCACUGUUAUUGUAUAUAACACACAUUUUCUUUAGUUCUUUAGGACACAUUUAGUCCUCUUUAGAUAGGAUGCAGUGGAAUAUCUUAAUUCUUGUUUUAGCUCAUUUAUACAUUAUUAUGACUUUUACUAUUCUUUGUAUAACUAAUGCUACAUUUAUGGUUUUUUGUAUUACUAUUUUUAUUAGUAUUGGACUGUAAAGUCUUCCAGUUUACAGUUUGAUAAGAUAUUUUUUACAACCUAAGGGAGUAUUUAUACUUGGUCACUUUAUUCAUUUUAAUUCAUUACAUUAAUCAUUCAUUUAUGUGGCCCGAACAACCAGAUUCAUUACACUUGGCUGAAAUGCAUUUCAGAUUGGAUUCACCUAAUGACUGGAUAGCUAUUUGAUCAGUAAAACACAUGUAGUGACCAAGUGUAAAUAUCCUCUAAUGAUUUCCCUAAAAUUUGAUGUAGUCUGUUCAUUGAAGUGCUUGUAUUGCAUGUAAAGAGCCCAUGAAGCUUGCCAAAAUACAGACUUGCAUUAUGUUCUA